AUGUCUCCCGCUGUUGCCACUGACACCAUGGCGGACAUACCCACGCUAGCCGACCCCGAGAUCCACGACUUCAAGCCGGUGGACUCGAAUCCCAAGCUUAUACCCGACGAGUCGACCGUGGUGAGCGAUGGCGUGGUCCAGACCGCGACCCCGACCCGCCCGUCGACGCUGGCGCUGUCGCCGAUCUUCUCCGCCAACUCGCUCACGGUCAACCGGCUUGAUCUGUGGAAGUUCAUGAGCUUCGGCGACCCGUUGCACCAAUAUAACCUCACGGACGAGUCGGGCGGCUUCGUCGGCUACGCCAAGGAGAAAGAGAAGAAAAAGCUUGCGCGCGUGUUUAAAGGCGGCGACCGCGGCUACACCAUCCAGGUGUUUGACGCCACCAACACCGUGGUGAUGACGGUGACCAAAGUCGGCAACGGGCUCGUCGACGUCCACGUCACCGACAGCACGGGCCAUCUCACCAAGGUGGGGCGAGCCAAAAAAGUGUGGCAGAUGCUCAAGCGCAACUUUGCCCUUCUGUGCGAAGGCACCCCGUUUGGUCUCAUCACCACCAAAAACACCAGCGACGUGUACCCGGUGAUCAACCCGGAGACGGGGGCGCUCUUGGCUAAGAUCACCGCCGAGCCCACCGACCGCUUUUUCAGCAACGAGGUCACUUACACCGUGCUGUGGGAGCCGACGUUGGCCGAUAUCGCCCGGCGCGCCGUGGUACUCGCGUGCAUGUUGGCCAUCGACUUUGAGUACUACACCAGCAAGGAUUGA